ACAAAGCUGAUAUUUGAUAGUUAUGUCGUGUACUAUUAGCAGUUGCCUUUGUUUGUUAUCAUUUUGAGUUCAUUUAACAAUUCGGUAUAGAAACAAGUGCAUAAAUGAUUAUACUUUUGGUUUCAUACGCCUCCACUUUUAUCUUUGUUUAUUGUUAGUUUUGGUUGGUCCUGUAUUUGUGGGAGGGUGUAUGUAGCUGAUUUCACAAGACUGUAGAUCCUUAAGCUGAAGUUGUAAUUUUGCAUUAAAAUUAGAAAUAUGUGCGGGUAGCAUAAGCCUAGGAUUCGUUUGCAGAUUACUGUGAUAAUUUUCACAAUAAUUGUUCAGUAUUCUGUGUGAGAUGCUUCUAUUGGAUCAAUAGUGUACAAAAGUAAAAUUACUCAUUCCUCUCUUGCUCAAUAGUGAUUGUGUAUUAGUUAUAUGCUACAAGGUAUAAUAAUAAUGAAUUCAAAUAACCACAAUCAACCUCGUAGAAAUUCUUCUAGUUUUAAUCGACAUGCUAAUAAUCAUUCAAAUCGUUCUAACCACCCCCAUAAUCACCAAAGGUGGCCAAGCAGAUUUCCCAAAGAUUUUAAUAGAGAAUAUGAAAACAAUUUUACAAGAGGUGAAUGUUCGGUAGCACCUAAUGGAAGCCCUAAAGAACCAAAUUAUGUACACAGUUAUCCCAAGAAUUCUCAGCUUAGUCCUGCUUUGAGAAGUAAUCAUAUCCAUUAUAACAAUGAGGCAUCAGGACACCAGCAUCCAGAUAGAAGACAUAUCCCUUUAACCAAUCCUCCAGAGAGAAGGCACACCAUUAGUCAGAACUAUCACAAUGGCAGUGACCGUAGACAUUUACCAAAUUUGGCUGAUAGACGACAUAUUUCUCCCCCCCUUCACAUAAAUAUUUGCGACAAUUCCAGUAAUCUUAUGACUAAUGCAGCAUCAGAGGGUAUGCAUCAAAGGAAUAUAAUAGAUUUCUCUCACUCUCAAAGGAGGCAUGGCAGAGAUGUCAGAGUAAGUCCCAUACACUUCCAGCAGCACUCCCCUCCGUUGUUCUAUAGACAGACCAGCGAUGAAAGUAUCAAAAGUGAAAGUCCGUCCAGAAAACGUAGACGUUUGUCCCGAUCUGGCCACCACAUUGAACUCAACUCCCAACCCGCCUCACCUCCACGUAGAUCUCCAAGGCAGCAUCCACCUUCCACCUCACAUCACUCUAUGCAGGGUAGCCCACCAUUAAGAAGACCACGCUACAGGGAUAGGAAUGAUUUUCCCCAUGCUCAUCACCAGACGUUCCUUCCUAGUCCCCCACCAGUCGCGCACGCUCAUCCUCAUCCCCAUCAAUCCACUGUUAUGAUGGACAUUAAUCAGGUACCAGUCACAAUUCCAAUGAAUCACGAAGCGGUCUGGAGCUACACCCCUUCGCCGCACAUUUCCCUGUGCACUGCUCCUCCUGGAGCCCCCCCUCAUUUGCACAGCUGUCAUGUACAUAAUAUGUAUGCGGGGCCUCAGUUAGUGCCCCAGCAGUUCCCCGGAUGUCUUCCCCACCAGAACUACGGAGCUUUCCCUACAACUCCCAGCGCUCUCUCGGUGUCUAAUCAGCAUUAUCCUCACCAACAUCUCCCUCCCCAGAGACCAGAUAGUCUCGAUUUGGAGUUGCUCAGUGAACACCAUGGCCACUCUCAUUCAGCUUUGCACGGAGCUCCACCUUUACAUGUGCCCCCGAUUCAAGUGUCCCCUUCGGCCUCACUGUUCUUAUCUGCGGAGACCCGUAACAAUCCUUUGGAGCUUCUGCACGCACGUACCCGGCAGCAUAGAAAUACCAGACUGCCCCCACCGAGGGCCCGUUGGCACCACAACCCUCCACUUAUGGCAGCACCAGCACAAUAUUCUGGAUUCCUACUUCAUUUCCUUGCCAUGUUCUCGAACCCACCAAUGUCGCCCUUCAGCCAGACGGAUCUCAGCAGUUCAGACACCACCGAGACGGAAAAUUACGAGGCAUUACUCAAUCUGGCCGAGCAGCUGGGAGAAGCCAAGCCCCGUGGCCUGGGCAAGUUGGAAAUCGAGCAGCUGGUUAGCUACAAGUAUAACGCUGAUACUCACGAGGGUGAUCAGACCUCUUGCGUCGUUUGUAUGUGCGACUUCGAGGCCAGACAGAUCCUCAGAGUGUUGCCGUGCUCACACGAAUUCCAUGCUAAAUGUAUCGAUAAGUGGCUCAGAUCAAAUAGAACCUGUCCAAUUUGUCGUGGCAACGCUUCAGACUACUUCAACAAUAGCGAUUAAAGCUCUUUCUUUCCCUUCGCUAAUAUGUUUUUGAAUAUUUACCCACCCCGUUAAUGUAAAAAAAAAUAAUUUUCUGUUGGGUGCCAUUAGUUGCCAGUAAUAGAUUUAAAUGUCACAAAAUAAAUGUAUUACGUCAUCUCUUUCUAACUUUAUUUGUACAGUAGUUCUGGGCUAUGACUCGAGCAAAGUGGGUUGAAAAUUUUUUCGCAAGAAAAAGCAGUCACAUUAGUUUUGUAAUCAGGGCUGUGGGCGCCUGUGUGAAAACUGGUAAAAUGCACCCUCUAUUAAAAAGUUGUAGAUUAAAAUUAAAAAUACGAACACUUGCGCUAUGGCUCUGUUUAUACUGUAGGGAAAUAUGACUGCUUCACUAUCUUUUACAAGGCAGUUUGUUAAUCAAUUACUUGUUUUUGCAACCAGUAUGUGUUCACUGGAUAAUUAUUUGAAUAAACUGCACGCGCUUUAUUUAAAGUAACGUAAAUCGAUGGUUAUCGUGUCACAUAUCGGCCUUAAAGUGUAUACCACAUACAUUUGACCCACUUCUGUGCGAGAGAGUUCAUAUAUUCAGUAUGCUAAAAAAGGGAAACAUAUUUUUUUGAUAGCAAAUUUCCAUGUGUCAAUGUUGUCGUUCACCUAACUCUUUCAGUGUUAACUACCUCCAAUAUUAUAGAGUUGUCAAGUCUGCAAUUAAAAUUUUCUUUAGAAAGAUUUGUCGUAAUGUUUUUGUGCCAAGGUUACUUUUGUUCUGAUAACGGUUGAAUGAUUUUCUUGAAAGUAAUAAGUAGUAUCAACUUGCAUCAUUACGUUUGAGAUUGCUAAGCUUAUGCACCUGUACAUAUUUUUGAUAGUGAUAAGGAAGGAUUUUAUUCCUUAGUUUAAUAAUUUGAAUAGGGUAUUGUGUUCAAAAUUUUAAAUCGUGUAUUAAAGAAUGCUGUUUAAUAUUAAGGAGGAAUAUUUGAGUAGACAGCGAUAAAAAUAGGUGAAUUUUAGGAAUUAUUAUCUGGAAACUACCUGUUCGAUUAAAUCCAGGUUUGUUUUAUUCAUAUACAUGUUGCGGUAUGCUGACAAAUUUCUUUAUAAAUUUAUAUUGACUGGGAGCGGUGCUGUCAUAGCUGGCAUAAAAAAUGUUGCUCACUGAUCUCAAUCAAAAAUUUCAAAAUGUAAUGCAUGAUGCCUAUAACAUCGUAGAAUUAAAAUAUGUUUUUUUUCCAACAAAAUGGCGGCCGAUUGAACUUUACAUUAAUAUCUGACCUUCCUGUAUUGAUAAAAAAAAAUUAUUAAGUGAAAAAAAAAUCCUACUUUCCGAUGUAGAACCUGUUCGAAAAUAUUGUGUCAAAUACAUACUUUAGGAACCGCUUUUUAAUAAUAUGUUUCAAGAUAAUCGCGUUUGACGUUUGGCAAAGAAUUGAUGCGCUUUGGAACUUGGUCGCUUGUAAGCUUCUCGGUAAAUCGCCCAUAACUUUUAGAGUUCUUGGAAUAUCAAGACAACAUUUACACACGAUAUUCUUCAUAUUCCAAACUUGGAAAAAUCGAUUUUUGUAAAAAAUUCAUAAUAAUUACAUAAUAUACAGGGUGUUUCAUUUCCGGUGUGCCAAAAAAACACAGAUGAUAGAGAAAGUAAUUUUGAGCAAAAAGUUCAUGUCGACAUGUAUCCGAAAACGCCCCCCUGUGGCGCUACGCCCUUUUAUGGGGGGCAAUUAAGAAACAAUUAUAGUAAUAAUAAUAAUAAUAAUAAUAAUAAUAAUAAUAAUAUCUCUACCCCUCAUGAGA